AUGCCAUCUGAAGACCAGCCGCCAGGCCGGUCACCAUUAGCAUCCUUCUCGCCUGACCCACUAGAUAAGGCAUCUUUUUCCCCAUCCAACGAAUCCAGAAUACGUUCCUAUACCCUCGACAGCCUCAACAUAAGCUCCAUAGAGAGCUCCAAAGGUCCCCACCAAAGAUCAGAAAACUCUCGCCAGAAGAAUUUACCCGAGCAAAACGUGGAAGCUGCGUCUUGGACUUUCACUGAAAUUCUCCAAAACUUGUCCGUUCGCGAGAAAGACGAUGUUUACCUGGUAAUAACCAAGUGUAACCAGCUAGUGGAGCUUCUCCAAGACACUCCUUCAUUGAAACAUGAUAUGGCCAUAGAUAUGGUUGUGAACCGAAUUCAGUUCAUGUUCUAUCACCCGGCCCCACAACUACGGUGUGCCGCCUACAGAGUGCUCCGCUACUCCAUAGCCUCUCUGGACUCAAUCUUGUUAAUGGUCCAGCUGAAAAUCCUUAUAUCCAUCAUUGUGUCCCUUUCAGUCCCUUGCCCACUAUUAGAAAAGCAGGAGGCCCUCAAAUUGAUCCGUGAGUUUCUCAAUGUGUCUGAUGGCGCCAACUUUAUCUCGGUAGGUGUAAUCAAGGCAUUGGUAGCGAUAAUCGAGCACGACAGCGAGGACGACGGCAACACCAACGCAGGAGCCCCAGCACCACAAAAUGAUCAGUUUGCUAUACCCACUUCAUUCACUAAACUAUGCAUCGAGACAAUCUGCGAAAUCGCAGUGCUCAAACCUCACAUCGUCUUCCAUGGUGGUGGCCUCCGUUUGAUGAUGUCUCUCAUUAUCAAUGGUGCUUCGGAUAUUGCGACUUCAUGUCUCGUGGUAUUUAUGUCAAUACUAGACAAACCUGAGGCCAGGCUAUUCCUUCGAAACGGCCUAGAUCUAACAUCGCUCACCUCAGUGUAUUCUCUAGUGGAUGAGGAUGACGAGAGUAAGCUGUCCAACAGCCGAAAGUUUCAUAAUAGAGCACUCAAAGUCACAUUCCUUAUAUCGGUCUUUCUCAAGUGUUGGACAGGCAUCAUAUGCUUUUCUCAUAACAAUUUCGAGGCCAUUCGAAUCAUCAUAUCCAAGCUCAAGGGAAAGAGUAACAAAGUUCGCAACAUCAUUAUGGAUUUGUUGCUUGAUGUGCUUCGAAUCCAAGCCCUUCCAUGGCUUGAGGACUCCUCCAUUUUUGAUCUCAUCACUAGCAUGCAUGUAUUCUUGAGCCCUGGCGGCGAAUUGGUCGACGAACUUGACCAUCAAUAUUUGGACAUACCGCCAAAUAGCUUCGAGAAAACAGUCAUUUCACAUUAUCAAGGCUUAAUUCUUCAGGUUCUCCUCAGUUGCGGUGUCGUUCCCUUGAUUUUUGACAUCAUUGAUAAAAGCAACGAUGAAAGUGUAUCAUCAAAAGCUACGUUUCUCUUGACAAACAUUCUCAGAUUAUCAAUGGAGCUAUUGCCGAGGGAGUUUGUUCAGGAACAACUCUCGGAGGCUGCAGCGAAAGAACAGAUGAAAACCGUUAUGACAGAGAAGAAGCGAGGUGAAGUCAAAUCUCACGUUAAAGAUAUGAUCAUCGAAAAUCGGGUGAAAAUGGACGACGCUGCACUCAAAACUCUUAUCUCAAGAACAAGGAUACUAAAUCUGAAAGAUUUUGAGGACUGGGAUUGGGCACAAAUGUCUCAUCUUUGUCAGGGACCGCUCAGAGACCAGAAGAGAUUUUUCGAUAUUCAGGAAAAGUAUCCCAAGGUUUUGAGAUAUCUCAUGUCUUUCUUUAGACCUUUCAAAUAUCGUUUCAGUCGAGCGCCCCUUCGUCCUGACGAUAGCUACAAACUUAAGCACCCAAAACGCGUAAUUCUCGUUGGCUGUCAACUCAUCGAGGCAUUGCUCCACCAUGAAGCUGGAUUUGAGUAUCUAGCGUCCAACAAGCUUAUGCCUCAGUUAGCGGAAAUUUUUGCUCAAGUGAGUCCCAAUAGCGGUAUCAGGGCCGACGAGCCAAUUUUGUCUACCAAAAAGCUCGAGACAACACUUAGUAUCGGCUACGUCAAGUUCGUUGGCGUGCUUUCUGCGAGUAAUAAGGGUCUAAUGAUCCUAGAAGAAUGGCAGUUUUUCCAGCUCAUAAGCGACAUUAUUGAUGGUAAUGCCGAUAGUAACUCGAACGUGCAUCUACUAUUCAAUUUGUUAAACAACCUUAAUUUUGUUUUAGACAGCCCCUUGAGAAUUCUUCUUUCAAAGGUCCUAACAAUAUCCAACGAAGGAACAAAGUUAUUCACUCUUGAAAAUGUGAUUCCAAAGCUUCUCAAGGUGGAAGGUUGCCAAGACUAUGUUAUUAGGAGUCUUGCAAAUCUCUUGUAUGAUGAAAGUAAGGCUGUUGUCGCACUUGUGGUGUCGUAUCUUCAUGACUAUUAUGUGGUGAAGGGAAACAUAUCUCGCAUCAACUUGUUCAUCGAUAUGAGACCUUCCACGUUAGUAUUGUCAAAACAUUCAAAGGGCAAAGAGCUUCUUUUGUUAUUUUGCACAACUACCACAGGAUUUAGGUUGCUCCAUGAAAAUGGUCUCAUCCAACGUCACCUCGUUUUGACGACUAGAAGCUUACAGAGCUUCGAAUACUUGGAAAGUAUCGAGGGAACCUUGAAAAUGUACCUUUAUCCAUUUUCAAGCAUACUUCAGCGUGUCAGGAACACGCGGGACAUCAACUGCCAUCAUUUCUUCUAUUACUUGCUCAGUACUGAAGAGGGCUUCAUUUAUUUCAACAGCCAAAGAGCUAUUCUCGAUGACAUAAUCAACAAAACGUUCUUCAUUGUUCAAAAACUUCGUUUGAUUGAAGAACAACCCGCGACUACCAAGGCGCCCGACUUCCUUUAUUCUCGAACCAGACCCGCAGCUCUUGAGUCAAGUAGCAGCAAGACGAACAGUAUCGGGAGCGACGAAAGCGACGAUCUGUAUAAGUUAGAGUCACCGAACAGAUUACAUGCUCGAAGCGACUUGUCCUUUUCUCAUACGAGAGAGACUUUGUCUGAAACACUAAACAUCAAGACUGCGGAGGAUGAGGAAGAGUACAUGUUGAUGAGACUCAAGCAAUACCUUUGGAUACUUGGAGAGAUUGCAUCAUCCAAGUAUGGUAUUCAAAUUCUAGAUCCGCUUUACAAUCCCGAUAUGAGAGGUGACCAUGUCAUCGAAUUGAUGCAUCUGUUAUAUCAAAACUCGAGAGAAUGGCAAAUUCGGGGCAUUGCCUUCCAUCAACUUGGAAAAAUGGCAGCUACGAAUGAGGGCAUAGAAAUGCUUGAUGAUAUGAAUUGGAUUUCGAUAGAUAAUCGGAGCCCCCUGGACCCGCUUUACUUAGCCUACCCAGAGUCUAUGCGAGGUGAGGAUUUGUUCAACCUUGAAGUCCUCAAUCCGUACGAGGAUUCCACCUAUAUUUCCCUCUUCGGUAAUCAUGGCGAUGAAAUAUGGGCAAACCAACAAUUAGAUCUCGAUGCCGAUGAUGGUUUAGGGUUGCAGACAAACCAAAAGUUGGAUGACAAGGCUUUGAGCUUGAUCAAUCACUUAAGCUCAGUCUUAGGAAAGAUUGAAAGAAAAGCCACGAAGGAGCUAAACUCUAUCAAGCUGAAUAACGGGGAGAUUUUUGAAAGCCCUAUCUUCUUCCUUAAGACUAUUCGUUUGGUGGACAAAGGCAAGUUCAAAUACAAGACGAGAAACUUCAUCUUCGGCCUUUUUGAUACAGUGAAGAUUAUGGAGACACUCGUGAAACGAAGCAAGCGCGGCACUAGUGGCCGUAAGUAA